AUGAUGAGCGAAGAACAGUUCAACAAGCUGCUCGAACGGCUGACUGGCAAGGGAGGAGGAGCGUCGGUGGAAGAGAGAAGAACUCAGAAGAUAGACUCGAUCACGGCACGACUGAAGAGAUUCGAGUAUGACCCGGAGAAUGGGAUCACCUUCAGUCACUGGUACGAUCGGUACGGAGAGAUGCUGACGGAAGAAGGAGCGGAUCUGAACGAGGCGACCCGACGACGACUUCUCAUUGGCGCUCUGGGCGAGAUGGAGUACAACCGGUUCGCGAAUCGUGUGCUGCAGGAUCGCGACGCCCUCGAGAUGGUCGAAACCAUCAGCUGGUUGAUCCCUUUCCGUGGAAGACUAAUCUCAAUGUCCUCGUCCAUUUCCAAAUUUUCUGAAGAAAGACAUUGGAAUUACUAA